AUGGCAGCCAUCAACCUCCUCCCAUCAUAUCUCUGUCCCGCCCUCGACGGCCGACUAGCCAGCUCUACUAUCACCACCGUCCCCCGCCGCCUACGAGCCUCCUACAUCGCCCUCAGCAAGCGUACCUUCAACAGCAGCGCUCCACGAGCCUCAUCAUCUCAAUUCCACCGCUCCGACUUUGCCAAUCAGCCCUUCACCGGCAGCUAUGAACCGGGUCUCCCCACCUCCGGCCCACUGGGUGGAAAUCAUGUAUUUGGCACGCCUCGGCUGACGCCCAAAAUGCUGAAGCAGCACCUCGACCAGUUCGUGGUUGGGCAAGAACGAGCCAAGAAAGUGCUCAGUGUGGCUGUCUUCAAUCAUUACCAGCGGGUACAGGAGCUGCAGCGGCGGGAAGAGGAGGAGGCAGAUCUCCUGGCCCAGCGGGAACGCAGGGAGCGGCAUCCCGUCGAGGAUGAAUUCCCGGGUCAGCAGCCGACGAUACGCAUGGGAGGACCCCCAACGUCGAGUUAUGAUCAUCGGAAAUUGCCGCUUGUCGAUACCACUCCGUUAACGUUGGAGAAAUCUAAUAUUCUGCUGUUGGGACCAAGUGGUGUUGGCAAGACGCUGAUGGCGAAAACACUUGCCAGAGUGCUAUCAGUACCGUUCUCCAUGUCGGAUUGUACGCCAUUCACGCAAGCUGGAUACAUCGGUGAAGAUGCCGAAGUCUGCGUGCACCGACUGCUCGCCGCGUCAAAUUAUGACGUUGAGAGAGCCGAGAGAGGAAUUAUCUGCCUCGACGAGAUUGACAAGAUCGCAACGGCAAAAGUCAGCCACGGCAAAGAUGUGUCUGGAGAGGGCGUACAACAAGCACUAUUGAAAAUCAUCGAGGGCACCACCAUCCAGAUCCAAGCCAAACCGGAGAGAAACGCGCCUCGAGCAGGUGGGCAAUCAUCAACAUAUCCAACCAACAACCCCUUAGGAGCAGGCUUUCCAUCCGGAUCUCCAGGUGCUCCUGCAUCACCGGUCAAGGGCGAAGUAUACAACGUCCGCACAGACAACAUCCUAUUCAUCUGCAGCGGGGCGUUCGUCGGACUCCAGAAACACGUCAUGGAUCGACUCACCAAAGGAAGCAUCGGGUUCGGCGCAAGCGUACGCUCCAGCUCCAACGUGAACUUCUACAGCCGCGACUCGAAAUCCACCGCUGACACUCCCGUCCCCAUCCUCCCGGGCUCGCAAGAAGAAGCCCUGUACAAGAAACACCUACCAUUCUUCACCCCAGCUCCAGCGCCCGAGCAAAGCAUUGCCGACGGCACGACCGUCGAGCCCAACUACUUCAACCCCUUGGACCUGGUCACGCCUUCGGAUCUGCAAUCCUACGGCUUCAUCCCCGAGCUCAUCGGCCGCAUACCAACAACGACGGCACUCGCAGCGCUGACCCAUCCGCUCCUGCUCCGCAUCCUCACCGAACCCCGCAACUCCCUUGUCGCACAAUACGUGACGCUGUUCUCGCUCUCCGGGAUCGAACUCCGCUUCACCACGCCCGCCUUCCACGUCAUCGCCACCAACGCCAUGGCCAUGGGAACGGGCGCCCGUGCCCUCCGCACCGAAAUGGAAACCAUUCUCGGCGACGCCAUGUUCGAAGCGCCCGGCAGCAGCGUCAAGUACGUGUUGGUGACGGAAAAAGUCGCGAAGCGCGAGGAAGGCGCGAUUUAUUUCGGACGGGGCCAGGGAGGCAAGUUCCACGCGUUGAUUGCGCAGGAGGAGGGCGACUGGGAGGACAAGCAGAAGAAGAAGGACGGCGAUCGGGCUGCCGCCAACUCGAUUUCGGCGAGCUUUGAGAAUUGGAGGUCGAAAUCUACACUUGCUGCAGGGACGGGUGGGUGA